GUGAAUGCGCCCUUUGUCCAGCCGAGGCCCCAGCAGACAGACCCACGGCCGGGCACCGCGGCCCCGGGCGGUGUCGGAGGGGAGACCCCUCAGGACGCGGGACGGGACACGGGAGUGCCACCCGCAGCCCACCGGCGCAGAGGGGAGCGGGAUGGGCGCGAAAGGCGGGGCCGGGAGGGGAGGUGGAGGCUGCGGCCAGCCCCCGUCCCCCGCCCCGCCGCUCCCCUCCUCAGAGCCCGGCGGGCGCUCCGCGGCGGGCCCGAGUCCGCCCUCUCCGACAGAGCCGCGCCGCCACCGGGCACCGGCGCCCGCACCGCCGCCGGCGGGAGACUGCCCCGCUGCUGAGGGAGCCCAGCCGGAGGCCGCUGCCGGCCCCCGCGGCGGGGGUCUCCGGCGUGUGGCGGGAAGCAGAGGCCGGGCCGACGGCGGGCCGAGGGAGUUUCCGCAAUGGAGAAGAGGGAAGGUGAUAAUCAUGCCAUUGAUCAGAAUGCAGGUCAAAUCAUCAUGCCGAGAAGAAAUACAGGAAACCUUAGCAACUUGAAUGUGGAUAUGCAAGUCACCAAUCAACCAGAAGCAGCUGCACUUUUUAAUUUACAUCAAGCACACCAUUUUGGUGAGUUUGAACACUCUUCAGAACAACACUGCAAGCAGGAUCUGUUCCCCAGGUGGCACCUGCCAAUGAAGAUAGCAUCUGUGAUCUCAUUAUUAACAUUUAUUUACACAUUUAUGAGAGAUGUUAUAUAUCCUUUUAUAACCAGAAAGGAAAAUGUUUUCUAUAAAAUUCCAAUCCUUGUCAUAAACAAAGUUUUACCAGUGGUCUCAAUUACCCUUUUAGCACUAGUAUAUUUACCAGGAAUAUUAGCUGCUGGUUUCCAGCUGUACUUUGGCACCAAGUAUAAAAGGUUUCCCCAGUGGCUGGAUAGAUGGAUGUUAUCAAGAAAGCAAUUUGGACUUCUCAGUUUCUUCUUCGCUACAAUGCACGCCUGCUAUAGCCUAUGCUAUCCAAUGAGAAGAUCGUACAGAUACAAGCUGCUGAACUGGGCGUUCCAGCAGGUCAAGCAAAAAAAAGAAAAUGCCUGGAUUGAACACGAUGUUUGGAGAAUGGAGAUUUAUGUGUCUGUAGGAAUUCUGGGACUUGCUUUUCUGGCCUUGUUGGCAAUAACAUCAAUCCCAUCUGUCAGUCAGUCUUUGACCUGGAGAGAGUUCCACUACAUUCAGAGCAAGAUGGGAUAUUUAGCUCUGCUGCUAUGCACUGUUCACGCACUGGUGUUUGCUUGGAAUAAGUGGGUUGAUGUUAACCAAUUUAUCUGGUAUACACCACCUUCAUUUAUGGUUGCAGUUUUUCUUCCUAUUGUAGUUCUGCUUUGUAAAUGCACGCUGCUGCUCCCAUGUUUUAGGAAGAGGAUAAAAAAGAUCAGAUGUGGUUGGGAAGCUAACACACAAACCAAUCAAACCAGCAUGACUUCCAGACUGUAGAACAAAUUUGGACGUUUCCUGUCUAUGUAUGUAAAUAUGCUCAAGGCCAUGAAAAGUUCACUUGCAAGGUCUGUUUUCAUAUUUUCCAUAAAUGUUUCUUCUUCUCUUUUCAUUUCGACCUCAGGAGUAUGGGAUACUUGAUGCAAUUUGGACCUUUGCUAAAACAGAAGGUGGAAACAUUCAUUUUACACUUUAUUCUAUUCAGUGUUCUGAUAUUGAUAAUUUCUUUCUUCUGACUCACUCCUCUUAAAAUCCAAGGGCUUCAUUGUCUCAACUGUAAUUCUUUCAGUAGGGAAAAGCAAGCAUAAGUCAUUGCUCCAGAUGACCACAGAAAGUAAAUUAAUUAUUACGCCACAGAAUCCAGGAAUGCUUUCUGCUUCCCACAGCCAUGUUUGUUCCUUCGUUAACUCUCAGUAUUAUAAUGGGACAACAACUAGAGUAUUUAUCAUCCCAUUCCCCCUGAUCACCUGCAUCCUAUGUUUCACUCUGCAGAAUAGGGACCUUGGCACAUGAGCCAGGCAGAAACUGUGUAUUCCCACCAGGUCUUGAACUUAGACAAUUGGGCAAGCAGAAUUGCAGGGAACUUUACAAGGUAAAUCUCUCCUGAGGCUUGUGCACAAUCUAAAAAAAGAGGUUUUAGACUCAGAUCUCCAUCUUAUACAGGACUAGGUGUGUCUUUGUUUACUUGAAACGAUAAAACAUUUCCCAUUUUUUAUUCCAUGAACAUGUUCUUUUGUUUCUGAUGCUGGAAAUUUUCCAUGCUUUUGACCUAAGCCUGCAGCCCUUGACACGUACUAAACUUUAUUCACACAAAUUAUUCCAGUGGGAUAACCCACGUCAGGUAAAUGUGUUUUACUGUUUACUCUAGGGCCGGCACAAUUGUGUGACUGGAAGAAAAACAUUAAAAAUAGACAUUUGAAUCUUGACAUUAAUUUGGUGAGAUUUUAAUGUAAAAUGGCUUCUGAAUGCAUUUGCUUUUACAAAAAAUUUCAUAUAAGCCAAUAAACCUCACUUUCCUUACAUUGCAUAGGUCCGGCUGAAUGUUUUAAAUGAAUAAUUCAUUUUUUAGUAUCCGUUUUUAAAUAUUUUAUGCAGUGGUUAAUAUUUUCACCCAGCAUUAGGAUAAUUUCUGCCAGGCUUCCUGAAUGAGUUGACUAGGACAUGGACUGAUGAUGUCACCUAUUGCUGGGAUCAUCUGCAUGAGAAUCGUAAUUGGUAAUGGAUCUGCUAUUAAAACAAACAGGAAAACAAUGGAUGCGUAAAAAAAUAUGUAAUACAUGGUGGUAAUGAUUCUGCAGCUAAUGAUUCUGUUGUACAUUUGCGGACUUGGUACACUGAAUAUAAAUAACAGACAAAUUAAAUAGCUACAGGGAUACUACAUUUUGUAUUUUCCUGGUUAUAACUCCUUUCAGUUAUUGCAACUUAAAAGUUGGCCUUGUUAUUUGCACUUAAUGUAGUACUGUAAAAAUAUCAGGGGACAUGGUGGCCUGCAUAAUAUAGACUGAAGAGAAAUGAAUGGCAUUAUGUACCAAACCAGUGAUGUAUGACAGAGGUAAACACUCUCUGAAACACAGGAAACUAGUCUGCAAUGUGAAUCUAACAAAUUUCUAACAGAACAGGAAAGCGUGGUUGUCAAUGCAUUGGCAUUUACAUUUCUAUUAAUGAAAUAAAGAAAAUCUUUUAGAAGUUGUAUUAGGGUUAAAGAAUAAUAUUUGCCAAAGGCUUAUUCAGAGUAUUACCUGCACUUUGUUGGCAGGAGUCAUAAAAAAUAAUAAAAUAGUUUUUCUAAUGGAACAGGUUGAGGCAAGUGCAAUGAUAAAGAAAACCCUUUGUCUUCUGUAUUGUCCACUAGCUACUCAUAACGUGUGCUCAAACUUACUAUUUAGGACAAAGCUGAGACUGUAAGUACUCCAAGCAACCCCUGUAUGCAUCCACUGAAAAGAAUUGCAUUUGGUUUUAUUGAAAUACAUGCUAAAUUGUGUUGAACUGUGCUCUCCAGAAUCAGUCCUGCUGCUCCCUUACUUAGAAAGUCUGGAGAAUUUAAUUAAAUCUCCCAACUUUGUCAAAUUCUGGUCAAAUAGUUGGACUAAUUGUUUACAGCUGGUCACAGAAGCUAACCCCUUGGCACAUAGGAAUAUAAACAGCUUCAGGGAUAACAAGGCAUGUGGCACCUGACCCUUGAUAACUGAAAACUGAAAAGAGGUGAAUGAAGACACUCCUUGGAAGAAGCCAUUCAAAGCUAUUCAUAUGGCAUGUAUGGAACAAAAUCAAGGCAAAUUAAUAUGUGUAUGCAUUUGGAGAGCAAAGUAGUUCAGGGGAAUAAUAAUGGGCUUCAAGGCUUUUCACCUUAUUAUCACCAUUACCAACUGUAAUCUUUUGCACGAGGGCUCCAUUAUGGAUGACCUACAGUAGUGGGUACUGAGUAGAGAAGUAUGGUCAAUAUGGUUAUGAAAUUACUAGAAGCUGGAAGUUAAGGUUCUGUGCUUUUGGAGUCUGCAUAUUACUGCAGAGCAGUAGGAUUUAGGCCGCUAAGUCACUUUUGAAAAUUGGACUUUAACUCCAAAGUUGUAAUUAAAACUGAAUGAAAUUCUUCAUUGAAAUGUCCUUCUGAAUUUUUUGUCCAAAUUCUUAAACUCUUCUCCCUCUGAAUAUGUAAGAUAUUGUCCAAUUUGGAGACAGAUCUUUAUUGCAGAAUUCACUAUAGGUACCAUGCUAGAAAACAGACCAAGAACUCCAUGGGCAUGUAAAUAUAUUGCCUAUAUUCAAUGCUUUGUAAAAAGCGUUUGAGCUGUCUUGUUCUAACACAUCUUUAUCCAGGCAGCAGAAAGGAACUGUUUGUACCAUUGUAUUUAGUGCAUAAAAUCAGAACAAGGCAAAUCACAAGCAUUGAACUCCUUUCAGAAAGUACUAAGGAGAAUGUAUGUACAUGUACAUCUUUAUUUAUCUUCUGUUUGUGGUGCAGCAGUGAUAAAUUUAGAUUCAUCCUACUUCAAGUGGUUUACAAUUCAUGUCCUAAGGAAGCACUCAACUGCAAUACUGUGCUCUAUGUGCUCGUUACACAAGGUAGUGCAAACUACCAUAACUUCAUUAAUUUCAACCUGUUAAUAUGGGUUGAGAUCCUAAUAUACAAAUGAAAACCAAUUUCAAGAUCAUAACAUACUAUCCAAACUGACCUUUAUGCUCGUUGUUCAGCUGGGGACACUUCAGGUUUUUCUCUCUAGCAUUGCUCAGGGGCAAAACCAGAAGUGUUUUCUGCCAGCUGAAAUUUUCAUUCUAUCUAUGAAAGCUCUUCCUAAAGUCAUACGUGACAUCCAGACAUUCAAGUAGGUUUUUCUCUACUGAUUCUCUCAAGUAGGAGCCAGGUUUUCUGUGUCACAGCUAGCCGUUUCUCUGGAAAGCACAGUUGAAUGCUUAGAGCCAGAAUUUGAGACCUUGUGUCAAGUCUCUUCCCUGCUUUGUAAGACUUCAGUAAACUACUUCACCUCUAAGAAACUCACUUCCCAAUCUGCAGAACUGGAGCAAUAACACGGGACAUUGCAACAGUAUGUUCAAGGCUUUAAGGCAUUCAGUGAGGGAGGAGGGUCAUGUAAGGGCUAUAAAGGGCUACAGAAGAAAAUGUUAUUGACAGUAUUUUAUUCCUUUGUCAUAUGAUUUAGUUCAACACUAAUUAAAAUAAGUGCAUAUGUACCUUUUAAUUUAUCUUUACAUGCCUAUUUCAAUAUUCAGUGUAUUAAAAUACCUAUAUACUACUAUAAUACAUAAAAUCAAUGUGUGUGCAAAUUUUAGGCACUUCUUUGUAUAACACUGAUUACUUUUAUAAAACUGUGCAUCAUUAAAUGCUUCAAUGUAUGCUGUA